GUGCGCUGUCAGUGUGAGGCUAGUGUUGGAAACCGGAAAUGUAGACAACGGGUGGGAACCGGUUAAAGUAUGAAAGCAAUUAUUCAAAGAGUCGUUAAAGCGAGUGUAACAGUUGGGGAGAACCACAUCAGUUCCAUUGGGAGAGGCAUUUGUGUUUUUCUUGGGAUUUCAACGCAGGAUACACAGAAGGAUGUAGAUUACAUGGUUCGUAAGAUCCUGAAUCUGCGUUUAUUUGAGGAUGAGAAUGGCUGCAAAUGGAACCGCAAUGUAAUGGACAAAGGCUUUGAAGUGUUGUGUGUGAGCCAGUUCACACUGCAGUGUACUCUCAAAGGAAACAAGCCUGACUUCCAUUUAGCAAUGCCCGCUGAUCUUGCUCAGCCCUUCUACCACAACAUUCUGGAGCAGUUAAGGAUGGCAUACAAACCAGAACUUAUCAAAGAUGGCCAGUUUGGUGCCUACAUGCAAGUACACAUUCAGAAUGAUGGACCUGUCACCAUUUAUUUGGAAUCUCCUGCUACUCGCAUUGACACCAAACAGGACAAAGUGACAUCAUCACCGUCAUCAACGACAUCUACAACUGUACAAGGAGUGAAAAGUGUUAUAGAGAAGAAAACAUAAUGUUGUAACCUUUACAUAAUAAAGCCAGAACUACUUAAGCAAGA